AGAUCAUGGAUGUGGUUUAUUUUAUGUUAACGGUUAGUAUGGUACAGCCAAGUUAUUGAGAAGAAAACGCCUCUAAAGCUUUUCCUCCGUACCCGUCCGUGGAAGAAUUGCGUUGCUUUUUUGUAAGCAAUAUUUCUGUAGCGUUGUGAGAUUAUAUUCUCACUAAAACAAAUUCCAAGACAGCAGCUGAAAAUUUGCAUUUUCAUCAUGAUACUUAAUUAUUCGAAUAACUAGGGGCCUUGAACGCCUCACCGUCCUUACAGAGACACGCUGGAUAAACAUCUUAGCUGUCACUGGAUCCUGAGACCCUGUGUCGUCUUCGAAAUUUCCAGCUGGGUCUGAGGUGUCCUGAUGCAGGGUCAUGGCUCUGAGGCUGAUCCAGAGAUUUCCGCUGCUCGAGCAGUUUCGGAUUCAACGUUACCCCCGUGUUGGACUCGUCCGAACCACCAGAGCUCUGACUACAAGCAGCGAAGGUCAGCCCUCAUGUGUAGCCUGCCCGCGUGGCUCUGUCGGUGGCUGCAUUCAGAGAAAGGGCUGCAAAAAGCUCCAUUCGGGCUUCGAGGUAAGGAGCCUGGUCACCAUCGUUAGGGAGCCGUCCUUCGUCGCCAGCAGCUCUGUUGGACUCCACAGAGACUCGGGGCCUCGGUUCCGUUUGAGCCAGCUGCGCCGACCCACAGCUGAAGAGGAGCAGGCUUUCCAACAGCAUCUAGAGAGAUGUUCCUCAUCCCUGCAGGUCUUCCCACUGCUGCGCACAGUGGAGAUGAUGUCUGACACCAUGGCUGCUGCAGUACUUCACCGUGUGGCCGACCUGGAGCAGAAGGAGAACGGUCUGAAGGACCCAACAGUGCUGGAGUCGGCAGAGCUCAGAGCUCUGUGCUUCCAGCUGCAGCAGGACUCUGGGUGGCUGACAGAUGGUGGGCUGGUGUCAGCUCUCCUGGCUUGCACUCGCCUCUUCUUGGAUCCUUCGAGCACACUGAUGGUGCGACUGGUGUCUGAGAGCAAGGAGAGGUUGGCCAAAGGCCAGAUGAGUGUAGGGCAGCUGUGUACCCUGGGCCUGGCGAUGCUGGCUAUGGAGGGUCCUGGCAGUUUGAUGAUAAAGCAGGUGAUGGAGCAAAUGCAGAAGCAGAAGCCAGACCAGUGGCGCCUUGCAGAACUCAGUGCUGCAUAUAGAUUUCUGCAAGAGGCCAUGCUGGAAGAUGGAAAAUACAGGGACCUGCUGAAUGCCAUGCACACCCACGCUGUGACAGUCACCUCCCACAUGGAUGCCCCUGCUGUCAGCUGUGUGCUUGGUGCUCUUGCGAGCUUGAACCAGAAGCAGGCCAAGCCUCUUGUGGGCUUGAACCAGAAGCAGGCCAAGCCUCUUGUGAUCAAUCUGUGUAAGCAGGCUGCAAGACAUGUACCUCACUUCGCUGAUCAUCAACUCACUAUUGUGCUUGGGGCCCUAAUACACUUUGGUCACAGUAAUCACAACUUUGUGGAGGCGAUGGAGAAGCAUGUGCCCACAAUGGCCUUCACUUCCCACCCAGAGACACUUACAAGGGUGAUGCAGUUCUUUGGCCGGAGGAAUAUUCUGUCUCCGACUGUGAUGGAUGCUGUUGCAGAGAGCUUUGUGUACAGAGCGGACGACUACCACACCAGCCAGGUGGCCAGGCAGAUCAUGGCCUUUGGAAAGCUUGGCUACCGUCCUCCCAACGCUGGGGAGCUGUUCGAGAAGGUUGAAACUAUCUUGCACACACGCUUUUCAGAAUUCCAGCCCAGGGCACUGCUCAACCUGCUCCACUCCUGCACCCUGGUGGAGAGUUUCCCUGUUAACUUUGCCCCCAAAGUUUUCAGCAGUUACUUCCUACAGCAACUGCAAGCGCAGGGCACAGGAAUAGACUCGUUCAUCAUGGCCCAGCUGGUCCAGCUCUACAUGACCUUGAAAUUGGAGUGUCCUUCUUAUGAGGGUCCCAGGCUCGAUCCCAAGUACCGCAUCAGCUCUUUCUUAAUGCCUGGACGCUCUCUGGAGACGCCGGUGGACAUACAUCUGUACAACUGUGUGAAACAUGGACUGGGGGAUUUGUUCGGGGAUCAUUCAUACUUUGAAGAAAAAGUUCUGACGCCAUACUGCUACACACUCGAAGUGGAGAUAAAACUGGAUGAAGAGGGUUAUGUAGUGCCUGCCACCAGUAAUGAUGUAUCCAAAAGGAUAGCCCUUUGUAUUGACGGACAAAAUAGGUUCACUUCAAACACCAGGCAGCUACUUGGAAAAGAGGCCAUCAAGCAGCGACACCUGAGGCUUCUGGGAUAUGAAGUUGUUCAGAUUCCUUACUAUGAACUUGAAGAACUGAAAACCAAAGCCAGUGUUGUGCAGUAUCUGCAUCAAAAAAUCUUCCCUCACACUUUCAGGCUGAGCUGGUGAUGAUUGACUAUUCUGUGACAUCAUGCGUCUUUACUUUUGAUGAGCUUUGCUUAAAGAAAUCUAUAUUUAUU